AUGUCCGGGCGGCCGAGGACCACCUCCUUCGCGGAGAGCUGCAAGCAGGUGCAGCAGCCCUCGGCCUUCGGCAGCAUGAAAGUUAGCCGAGACAAAGAUGGCAGCAAAGUGACUACAGUAGUGGCAACUCCUGGACAAGGUCCCGACCGACCACAAGAAGUUAGCUACACAGACACCAAGGUGAUUGGAAAUGGAUCUUUCGGUGUUGUGUACCAAGCCAAACUCUGUGAUUCAGGAGAGCUUGUGGCCAUUAAGAAAGUCCUGCAGGAUAAAAGAUUUAAGAACCGAGAGCUCCAGAUUAUGAGAAAGUUGGAUCACUGCAACAUUGUCCGAUUGCGUUAUUUCUUCUACUCUAGUGGAGAGAAGAAAGAUGAGGUGUACCUCAACUUGGUGCUGGACUAUGUUCCUGAAACAGUAUACAGAGUUGCCAGACAUUAUAGUCGGGCCAAACAGACACUCCCUAUGAUUUAUGUCAAGUUGUACAUGUAUCAGCUGUUCCGGAGUUUAGCCUAUAUCCAUUCCUUUGGGAUCUGCCACCGGGAUAUAAAACCACAGAACCUCUUGCUGGACCCUGAUACAGCUGUUCUAAAACUCUGUGACUUUGGAAGUGCAAAACAGCUGGUUCGUGGAGAACCUAAUGUCUCAUACAUCUGCUCUCGGUACUACAGGGCACCAGAGUUGAUCUUUGGAGCCACCGAUUAUACCUCCAGUAUAGAUGUGUGGUCUGCAGGCUGUGUGUUGGCCGAACUGUUACUAGGACAGCCAAUCUUUCCAGGUGACAGUGGUGUGGAUCAGCUGGUGGAAAUAAUCAAGGUUUUGGGAACGCCUACAAGGGAGCAAAUUAGAGAAAUGAAUCCAAACUAUACUGAAUUCAAAUUCCCUCAGAUUAAGGCACAUCCAUGGACUAAGGACUCGUCAGGAACAGGACAUUUCACCUCAGGAGUACGGGUCUUCCGGCCUCGCACUCCGCCAGAAGCGAUCGCGCUAUGUAGCCGCCUGCUGGAGUACACCCCCACUGCCCGCCUGACACCCCUGGAGGCCUGCGCCCAUUCUUUCUUUGAUGAACUACGGGACCCAAACGUCAAGUUACCAAACGGGCGAGAGAAACCUGCACUCUUCAAUUUCACCACUCAAGAACUGUCAAGUAACCCAUCUCUGGCUUCGAUCCUCAUCCCUGCUCAUGCCCGGAACCAAGCAGCUGCUUCAACCCCUACAAAUGCUACAGCGGCCUCAGAUGUUAACGCAGGAGAACGAGUUCAGACCAAUAGUGUAGCUACAGCAUCAGCCUCCAACUCCACCUGAACCGGUACCCAGCAGCCAGCUGCACAGGAGAAAAAAAAUCACCAGUAAUUUUGAGUCUUGCUCAGCAACACUGGUCACAAUUUGAAAGAAAAUUUAAAAAGAGGAAAAAAGAAAAAGAAAGAAAAAAAAAGAAACAGCAAACCAACCAACCUGUUCAUUUUAGUGUUCAAUUUUUUAUUAUUAUUAUUAUUGUUGUUCUUAUUUAACCUUGUAAAAUAUCUAUAAAUACAAACCAGUUUCAUUGUAUUCUCACUCUGCAGGGUGUCCGGGGCAGGGGACUAGGUAGGGGUGGGGAAGGGGGGGAGGAGGGAAAGUGGAGCAAUACAACAAACCAAUGUCUCUCCCCUCGACAAUCUCUUCAUGUUGGAAGUUCGCUGUUGUGUACUUCAGAACCAGGACUCUUGCCUCAUGCCCCCUCCCACAACAGAAAGAAGGAAAAACAAAACAAAACCCCCAAACCUCAUUCUCUGCUGAAGUUCCUUUUUUUUCCUUUUAUUCCCUUUUUCCUCUCCUUUUUUUUCCCCUCCUUUUUUUUCCCCUCCCUUUUUUUUCCCCUCCUUUUUUUCCCCUUCCUCGUUUUUUCCCUUCCUCGUUUUUUUCCCUUCCUCGUUUUUUCCCUUCCUCGUUUUUUCCCCUCCUCAUUUUUUCCCCUCCUCGUUUUUUUUUUUCUUUUAACCUCUUGGUUUUGUUUUCUUAAGUGAAAUUUUGGACUUUAAUGUAGUGCACAGCUUGAAUUUGGUCAGGAGCUUAGGAGGGUUCAUUCAACAGAGCUCAGCGUUUCUCCAUCAGUGAAUCCAUACCCCAUGUUGUCUGAAGAACUGCCCCAGCUCAAGGCAGGGAGCAGGCAACAUGGUAGGAAAACAUGAUCCUGUGUGAUUCUGUAGGAGAAUAGGUUGUCAUGGGGGUGGGGGGGGAGGUUUGCCACAUGUCUAAGGCUUGAACUGCUAUUGGCAGCCUGUCAUUGUAAAAAAAAGACUCAGUGCUAGUGAUGGAGAAAGCUGCAGCUUCCCUAUGGGCAAAGCCUGAGCCGGGUGGGUUAUAUAUGAUAUAAUACACACACAUGCAUGAACACAAGCGGUUGGCUUUACUGAAGUAGCUCCUCCCAUCUUCAGCAGAGAAGAGCAGAUGAACAAAAUCCUUGUAGGGGGGCAAAGACCCAACUGGGAAUGUUAAGGGACUUUUUUGGGGGAGAAAGUGGCCACUGAAAUCUUGUUUCUGUUGUGGGGUUGGUUUUGCCUUUUUUUUUUGUUCCCCCAUCCCCCCCCUCCUGCCCCCACCCCCAGGCUCUAGAUCUGAACAGGCUUUUCCUUUCCCCCAGGCUGCAUGGAGGAAAAGGACACCAAGGUUUAUAAUGUGAACUGUAACAGUCUACUGGUUUAUUUUGUAAUAGUUUCAUUUCCUUUUUAACUCGCAGAACACCACAUCCUCCAACAGCUCUGAUUUUUUUAAACCCUCAGCUAGAAUCUGUAUUUAGUUUCUUUUUUUUUUUUACCUCUUGCUUUUAAUUCUUCUUAGUUUCUAUUUAUUGAUGCCUGCUGCCACGUUUUUACCAUUCAGUUAGAACAUGAAUAAACUACAGAUCCGAGUGCUCUGGACAGUAAUUUUGUACCUGCUGACCUGUAGGGAAGCUGGCUCUUAUCUGAGUGUGUGUGUAUAUAUAUUAUAUAAAUAUAUACAUGUAUACAUAGAUACUAUACUGCUUUUUUUUCCCCCCCUGUCUGUGAUCUUGAAACAGUCUGACUGGUGAAGUGCGAGGUGAAUGCUUGUUCCGGUUCCUCUGUUCAGGGCCCAGGGUUCCUUCCCUGCUGCAGCGCGCGAUUGCCAGCGUCCGCAUCUCUCUCUCUUCCUAAAGUCAAAGCAAUAUCCCUCGGGAAAGGGUCAGGUGAGCAGCCAGACACAGCCACGGCAUAGGAACAAGACACUUGGAGACCUGGUCUCUGUCAUAGGUUUGUGGUUGGUGUCUGCUAUGGCCUUAUCUUCCUUCAGAGAAACUGUAGUCACCUUUGGUGCUUGCCAAGCUGUUGUUUAACCUGUGGAUCCCUGAGGCAAGUGGUUCUUUUUGGGAGCACGUGCCCUUGGUCAGGCCUUUGGCUUGGCCCAGGGGUAGCCAGCAGUAGUGGCUUUUGGCAAGCUCGUCUGCCACAGUGGUGGCCAGGGUUUGUGGACAAGCUUGGUGCAUUUCCUCUUGUACCUUCUAUGCUGUUGACCUGGUAUUUUUUGGGGGGGAAACACUUGUAGCAGCCCCAGAGCUGAUAAAAGCCCUACCCUCUCCCUCCUGCCUGACACACAGCGAGUUUCGGGGAGGCAGGAGCUGUUUCAAGAGGUGAUUGCCUACUGCAAAAUCAGGAAACCCUCAUGUUAUACCCCUCAAUGAUCUGCUGUGGGGCACACACAGAGGGGAUAGGGGGGAGGAAAAAAAAAGGAAAGAGUUCUAAAAGUGUUUAUCUGUCCUUAAAUUCUGGCUGGCUGCCAAGGAAAGCACACUCAUGUUUGGAAUGGGAAGACUUUGCAAAUCCUUACAAUGCAACUUAACAGAAAGGGCUGGAGAGGUAAGUGCCAGGGCUUGGGUUGAUCCCAGUGACCACAUGGAUGCAGGAGACUCAAAAAGUAGGACAGUGGCAGGGUAUGGAUCCCCACUGCAUAAAGUGAGAUGCUGUUGAUUUGGGGGCAGUAAAUUACUGUCUUAAAAAAGUAAUAAAAAUAAUGAAGAAUAAUUGCUGCUUGUGCCAGGAAAUGUGGCUCCUCUCUUCCAUUUUCUUGUUUCGAGACUGGCGGAGGGGAGUCCAGAGCUUUUCUCUCUGGUUUUGUGACUGUGCUGGCGUCUCUGUGUGUCUUUGUGUGUGUGUGUUAGGCUGAGGGGAGGGUUUGGGGGCAUCCCUCUGGUUUUAUUUCUUUUUGUGCUUUUCUGGUUUUGCUUCCUUUGACCUUUUGGUUCGCUUGGUUUUGGGUUUCGUUGUGUUUUGUUUUUCAGGGAUCAUGGCAGGAUCACACAGCCUCUUUUAUACAAGUUAGAUCCCAGGUCUUUGAAUUAAACCUUUGGGUUUUUUUCUUUGUUUGUAUCCCAGGUCUUUGAAUUAAACCUUUUUUUUUUUUUUUGGCUGUUGUUUUAUUUUGUAAAUAAGAAUUAAAAAUUUUUAAAGGGGGGGGAAAAAAAAGGAAAAUAGAAAAGAGAAAAGGAAAAAAAAAAAGAAAAAAGGAAAAAACUCAAAAAAUAGACACAAAAAAGUAAGACAAUAAAACCAACCACAAAAAACAGAGCUCCUCACCAAAUUCAAGCUUGUACAUGGUUCUGUUUUCUAUCCUUUUUUUGGUUUGUGGGGUUGUUUUCUUUUGCUUUUAAUUAUUUCCUUUUUUUUUUUUUAGUUGUUAUUUGGUUUUAUUGUUUUGUAUGUAAAUAUGUGGACCCAGGAACUGUUGUUGUUAAUGAGCAAAAAGUUACCCUUCAGGGCAGUGAUUCUGUUUUAAAUAAUCAGACAAAAAUGUAGACGAGCUUUUUAAAGCCAUAUAGUUUUAACUCUGUACAGUAGGUACCGGCCUGUAUUAUUGUAACGAUAACUCUAGCAAUGUAUAGUGUAUCUAUAUAGUUUGGAGUGCCUUCGCUUCCAUCAGGUUUUGAAUUUCAUUUCCCUUUUUGUUUCUUUCAUUAUUUUUUAUUACCACCACCACCACCUUUUAUUAACGAUGUCUCCCACCCUAGACCCGUAUCUUGGUGUCGUCCUUCCCCCUUCCCUCCCGUCUCCCCCUGCUUUGAGUGCUGUUAAGGUUUCAGUGGUAUUCCUGGUCAGUAGCAGAAGGAAAAGAAAACAUCUCCACCAUCGUUCAUGUUGUUGGAGCUGUGGCUUUUGUUCUGGAUGUCUCCCAACUUGCCCACCCUGCUCUUUCCUCCUCCUGCUAGCAGCGACUAGUUCUGUUCAGACACUUGCCCUAGCGGCUCCUUUAGACUUGGCUCACCUUUCCCCUGAGUCCUGCACCCAGAGCUCAUCUGGGCAGUAGCAGCUUCCGGGAGGCUUGGCCUUUCCUCCAGGAGACUGGCAGUUGGAAAGGACCUCUGGGGAGGUAAAGCCCCUGCACCCUGCAGGGAUGCUGCACUCGGAGCCCUUCGGCCACAGUGAGAAUGGGGGCAUCACUGCAGGAGACCACAGUGGAUUUUUUCUGCUUGGGGGGACUUUCUGUUCCCUUCCUUCUCCCUAAUCCCCCCCCCCCACCACUCCUCCUUAAAAUCACUUUUGUUUUCUUAAGUUUAUCAUGACUCUUGAUUUCUUGUGCCCAGCACGAAGGCCUUGUUUCUAAACCUAGUUUGCUUGUGUUUUACUACCUUGUUAGUAUUCCACAUAAGAUUGUCUUGAAUGGGAGGACACUUAACUCUACCAAACCAAAGGUUGCUGAUUAAUUUCAAAGCAUCUUGUGUUCAUUCCAGUUAGGCAGAGGCUGCGCUUUCUGGUGACACGAAGGUCAAUGAUGCCCAGCUGUUGGUGACAGUCCACUCAGAGCUGUCCCUCUCUUCACUCUCUUUUGGGCUUGUUUUUUAACCCGGUCUGGUCUUGAUCUGUCCUUUGUAUCAGCCCUGCCUCAGCGCGGGUCUCUGAGCUGGAAUCGAUUGCUGUCUGUCUCCCCCAUGGACACCCAAUCAAGACAUUGGUGUUCUUCAACAUUAAACUUCUCUGCCUUGCUAGGGAAAAACAAAAUCUCCUGCAAAAGUAAAUUGUCUGGUAGAAGAUCCCUGAACACUUUUGUCCCCUUAUUUCAAAGCCAAGCUUUACCUAAAAUAACAGCAAGGUGCCUGCAACUUGCAACUUCAAAUUUCCCCCCUCCUUCUUUUUCAGUACUUAGAAAAGUGUAAGUCAAGAAGCCUGUCAGACUCAUGCUCCUGCACUAGGAACCUCAGCUACCACAGAGAGAAAAGGAAAAGCUGAUGAGGAAAAGCACAGUAGGGUGUUCAGUCCGGGCUCUGCCUUGCAGAGACUGCCAGCAGCUACCCCUGGGGCGGCAGCUGAUUUCCACAAGGCUCUUAGCCAGUUUCAGUCAGAGUAGGCUUCGUUUUGCAACACCUGCAAUAAACAGCAAAACGACAGGAAGGGGAAGCAGUACCUGAGGGGUUAGCUCGAGAGAAGUAGCUUCCUUGUGUUGGUCUUUCUCGGUUUAUUUUUAAUAUAUAUAUAUAUAUAUAAAAAAAAUAUAUUUAUAUAUAUAUAAAAUCUGAUUGCCUGCAAAAUUUGCCUUCAUCCAUGUGUUGCUGAUGGAUAUCUUGGGCCUGGACACAACCAAUUAGCGUUGACCACUUCCAUCUGAAAAAAAAAAAAACAAGAACAGAACAGAAAUCUCUUAAGAAAAUAAAUAUAUAUAUAUAUAUAUAUAUUAAGGACUGUGGGUUGUAUACAAACCAUUGCAUACACUUGUGCAAAUCUGUCUUGAUUUAAAGGAAAAGCAAAACCUGUAUAACAUUAUUACUACUUGAAUGCCUCUGUGACUGAUUUUCAUUUCUUUCAUUGUUUUGGGGGUUGUUGGGUUUUUUCCUUGUAUUUUGGGUUGGCCUUUUUUUUCCUUUGAGUUUUUGUUUGUUUUUAUUUUUUUUUUCUUUUGUGCCCCCUCCCCCCCCGUGGAAAGUAUACUUAAUGUUUUAUUAUUUCCCCCCCCUUCCCCUGCCCCGUUCCCCUUGUAAAUAUGUUUUGUUCUGUGUGACUCGGUUCGGAAAUAGUUAACUGGUACUGUAAUUUGCAUUAAAUAAAAAGUAGGUUAGCCUGGAAAUGGAAUUUAAAAACAAAACCAAACCAAGUGUGUGGUCUUUAUUUAAACAAAAAAAAACAACUUGCCCCUUACUCCCCUCUUCCUCUUCCUCCUCUUUCCCUUACCAACUUGCCCCUUUCUUCCCUCCUCCUCCUCUUUCUCUUACCAACUUGCCCCUUUCUUCCCUUCUUCUUCUUCUCCUCUUUCCCUUACCAACUUGCCCCUUUCUUCCCUCCUCUUUCUCCUUCUCUUUCCCCUACCACCUUGCCCCUUCCCUCCUCCUCCUCUUCUUCUCUGCCCCUUGUUCUUCCCCUCAUGCCUCUUUCCACCCCGCAAGAAUAGGUGGAUGUGAGUCUUUGUAAUAUGAACUAUUAAGAGAGAACCCCAGAGGAACUAAGCAUGUUUUCUUCCAUGAGCUGUGUUAUUCCAUGCUGUUUGUCAAGAGAUGCCAGCUUGCCUAUCAGAACAGUUUGAUUUGAUGGAGAGAGAGGAACCCUGGGACAUAAAUAUCUCAACUUUAAAAACCCAAUCAAGUAUCUUCCUUCACUGCCCACCUACAGAAACAAACCCUAAGAACCUGUGUAAACCGCUGCCUUUGAAUCCUGCACUCACGGCUGUUUGGGUUGGGGUUUGGGGGUCUGGUUUUGGUUUUGUUUGGUUUUUAGUUUCCUUUUGAAACCAUUUGAGCCCAUUAGUAAUGUCAUUUGGUGGUGAUCUGUAAAGUUUGUCCAGACCACGUCCAGUGGACUGUUCCUCCAGCAAAUCAGCACGUAGCUAUCUCUGAGUUGGGUUUCCGGUACUGGAUGCUGUAUGUAUUAAACAUGAUUUGUUUUUAUUAGCACACACAAAAAAAGGAAGGAAACAAAAAGAUCUUUUUUUGGGGGGGGGGGGGGGGGGCUGGCUGACCUGGCCAAAUCCAUUGUGUUGCUAUCCUAAAGGCUAGAUGCAAGGUCAUGUGACUGCUGCUUCAAUAAAAACCAAUUUAUAUUGCA